CAUCAAAUUAUUUUGAAAACAUUUUUGUAAAGACUAAAAUCUAGGUAGAUAUUCAUACCUAGAUUAUUUUAUUCCAGAUAGGAAUAAUUUGGUGCGUUCUGGGCGCGCUAUAAAUUUAAAGCAGUGAGUGUGAUAACGAUAUACACUAACGAUGUCAAGCCUGAUCCUAAAACAUAUUUUGAGAAACUCCAUGAACAAAUUACUGCACAAUACGCAAUGCGUAAGAUGGAUUAGUCAAUAUGAGUUUAUUUCAGGCCGAUCUAAGGUAAAAACACCCAUCGAUACCCUCUACGAUCACUAUAUGCAAUUGCCCAUACCUGAUAAUAAAAUACUAGCCACGUACGUAUGGAUAGAUGGAAGCGGUAUAAACAUGCGAUCCAAAGACAGGGUCCUGGAUAAGGUUCCGACGGAUCUAUCUAUGGUACCCAAGUGGUCAUUCGAUGGGAGUUCAACAGGGCAAGCGAAAACAAACGAUUCGGACACACAACUCGUACCAGCCGCUAUUUACUUGGACCCCUUUCGGAAGUGCCCUCACGUGCUAGUGUUAUGUGAGACAUACCACGGCAAUGGACAACCGACAGCUACCAAUCAUAGGCAUAAGUGUGCUAAAAUAUUAUGCGAAAUAGCAUGCAGCGAUCCUUGGUUCGGUUUGGAGCAGGAGUAUACUAUGUUCGAUAGUCUGGACAUGUGGCCACUGGGUUGGCCGAAGGGUCUCGGAUUUCCAGUAGCAAAGUCCAGAUUCUCCUACUGUGGUAACGGGGAACACGUCGCCGGGAGAGAGAUAGUCGAGUGUCACGCGAGAGCCUGCCUGUAUUCCGGGUUAGACUACGGCGGUUCAAAUGCUGAAGUUAUGAAGGGAUCUUGGGAGUAUCAAAUUGGGGUUUCGAAAGGCAUCAAGGGUGCAGACGAUCUUUGGAUGGGCCGCUACUUACUAAAUCGUAUUUCAGAGCAUUUCGGUGCUCUCGUAAGCUAUCACCCGAAACCGAUGGGCCCGGAGCAACCGGGAAUCGGUUGUCAUACUAAUUUCAGCACGACCAAAAUGAGAUCUGACGGUGGCCUCACUGAGCUCGAGAGGGUCUGUAAACUUCUCUGCGACAAACACAAAGAAUUUAUGAAAAUAUAUGGUCUCGGAGAUGGCGAAGAAAACAGGAAGCGAUUAACAGGAAAAUUCGAAACUUCUUCAUUUGAUUCAUGUAAAUGGGGAGUCGCCGAUCGAUCGGCCUCGAUACGACUACAAAGAAGUGUGGCAAAGGAAAAGAAAGGAUUUUUAGAGGACAGGAGACCAGCUGGUGAUUGUGAUCCUUAUAGAGUUUGUGCUGCUUUAGCUGAAACGGUUAUUGGACAUUAGCAAUUGUUU